GCUUCCAACAAACAACCUAAUUCGUUCUCUCUCAAGUCUUCAGUCUUUUCUUUCCUACUUAAUCAUUAGCAGUACAUUUCUAAUUUCACAAUCCUUCACAUAAUAACUACAACAAUGCGCUCACAGAUCCAGCAACUCGUCCUGGCCGCGGCUCUGCUGCAGUCCGCUGAUGCCGCCCCGGCCGGCCUUCUCGACGGUCUCGGAGUCGUAACCCAGCUGCUGGCACUUCCGACCGACUAUGUGUCUAGCUUGACCGGGGUUCUUGGCACGAAGCCCGGGAGCGGCGUCGGCGCCGGAGUUCUCAACGUCGGGGAUCUCCAAACGAAGCUCGGAUCGAUCUGGAACACGGGCAGCACUGGUGACUUUUACGGAAAGCUGCAAAAGCAAAUCGGCCAAGGUCUCGUCCCGAACAACCUCCUCUCCAGCUUCCAGGGACUUCUCGGCACUGGCCUUUUGGGAAGCUUAGACCUGACCUUCAGCCCUAACUUGUUGAAGCUUCUCACGAACGUCCCUUACGCAGAUCCCGUCUGGCUCAAUAUUCCUGGUGCUCUCCUUGGCGACGCACAGGUCAACUCCGAGUACGUUGCUUAUGCCAUUAACUACAUCAAUGGCAUCAGCAACAAGAACUCGAGCAUCAUUUCUUGGUCUCAGGGUGGUCUGGACACCCAGUGGGCUUUCACCUUUUGGCCUUCUACCCGAAAUGCUGUCGCCAACUUCUUCCCAGUAUCUCCCGACUUCCACGGAACCGUUCUUGCCAACGUCCUCUGCCUUUCACCCGGUAACGGUGCCCUCAACGCUCCCUGCGAUCCUUCUGUCAUUCAACAGCAAUAUACCUCCGUCUUCAUUAACACCCUUCGUUCCCGAGGAGGAGCCGACGCCUACGUUCCCACGACAACUUUCUACAGUGCUAUUCUCGAUGAGGUUGUCGAGCCCCAGCAAGGCACCGUUGCUUCCGCCUACCUUACCGAUGCCCGCCGCGUCGGUGUCACCAAUAUCGAGGUCCAGUCUGUCUGCCCCGGCCGCCCUGCUGGCAGUAUCUACGGCCACGCGACGAUGCUCUUCAACCCCUUGACAGCCGCACUGAUCAAGGAUGUUCUUCAGAGAGGCGCAGGACCCGCCAAGAUUAGCAACAUCAACCUCAACGACGUUUGCAAGGACUUCAUCGCCCCUGGCUUGAACCUCGAGGAUGGCAUUGCUACUGCUGGUUCGAUUGUUGCGGCUGGCAUUCGCUUGUUGGCAUACCUCCCGAAGCUCAUUGCCGAGCCCACUCUCAUGGCCUACGCCCGUUCCUGA